UUCAAAUCUUUCUCUAGAUUUGACCAUCCCAAGAAUCAUCUAUGCCACAUGCUAAGUCGUCCUUAGCCAUGGAUGACUCUGAUUCUAGUCGGAACAACGUAGAUGGAGAAGGAAAUCCACUCAAUCCAGCCGAUCUCCCUAUUGAAGAAGACGAUCUUGAUCGGUUCGAGGCGUUGAUUGAGUACUCAGUGGAUGAGUUUGAAGCCGUCGAGGAUGAAAUGGAGAAGAAUUCCAUCCCUCGAGGUGUUUUUAUCAAAGACAUUACUCCUCUUUUUUAUCACAAAGAGAGGGUCGGAGGAGACCUGACUGUUCCCGACUCGCUUCCGAAUUCUGAACCAAAUGAAUUAGUCGCUUCUACAAACAUUCAGAAAAAUCCAGAAAGGGUGAACGAUGAAAAAGUUGAGGUCGAGCAAGUACAGGCAGAUCAUGUCGGAACAGAGCAAGUCGAUGUGGUCGAAAGAUCGAAGAAGAAGACGACCUUCUGAGGAAGCUGGCCUUCACGCUGGAGUUCCCAACAAAAGUCUUUUUGCUUAACUCGCGAUGAGUCCAACCAUUUUGAGAUGUUUGGCUAUGAGUAUAUCGGGGAGGGAUCCCUUGUAAAUGACCUGGAGGCGUUUGGUGAGCUAUGUAGGAAUCUAAAGAUUUCCUCUAAGAUUUCCCGUAUCCCACUGAAUUGGAGUUUGAAGAGGACUACCUGAAGUUCGUGCAGUCCUCCAUGCAUGUAGGAGUUCGUCCUCGUUUCCUUCCUCCUUUUUAGAAUUGGAUCGUGGUUUACACUCUUCUCUUCUUGUUAUAAACCACUGCUUAUGCC